CGAAUAAAUUCAAAUAUCAUAUUACAAUUUAUUGAAUUUAGUAUUUCAAAUUUGAAAAUACAUGGCGACACGAAGUAAAUCAAACGUUAUAACCUUUUUGCUUCUGGCUUUUACAUCGUUAUACUUAAAGAGUGUUUCGACGUGCUCUCCGAAUGUAAAUCAACCAUUUCGCAACAUUACGGAGCUAACAAUACUUGCUCCUGUUGUAGUGGUCGCAACUGUCCUCAACACAUCUGUUGACGGUAAUGUCAAUGGACAGAUCUUCUCACAGUAUUCGGCAUGUUUGAAUGUUACUGAAAUCAUAAAGCAAGAAAAAUCUACCAUCAUCCCGCAAAUAUUUUGUACUGAAAAGUUUGGAGAGGAAUCAAUGUGUCUAUCGCAAGUAACAUCGAACUAUUCGUACGUUUUUUAUCUUGACAGCAACCUCAAAGCAAAAUAUGAAACUCCUUUCUCGGCCGUACGACGAGCAACUGCCUUUGUGAUUUUAUUAGCGAAGAAAGGAUAUUGCAAAGUAGACAACGUUUCUAAGUGUGUGCCCCCAAAUGUCACGGGUAUUCAAAACAAAGAGGUUACGGUCAAUGAAAGCGAACAUUUGGUGUUGUCAUGCCAAGCAUCCGGUACCAACCCCCUUGUCUUUACAUGGUCAUACAAGGGUGAUGGUGGUAACAUGCCACACUCUUCAUACACAGCAAACGAUGGCAGCCUGCACAUUGACCAUGUAACAGCAAGCGCUCGAGGGAGAUACACAUGCGAAGUUCGAAAUGCCGCUGGAAGUGCAAAGUACGAGACAAAUGUUGACAUCAGAAUGAAGCGUUGCGGAGGUGCUGUAAUGGUCAACAAAAAAAUUCAUAUUCUUUCUCCCAAUUUUCCUCAUCAAUAUCCUUCGGACAAAACGUGUGUUUGGAGGCUGUGUCCUGGCUAUUCCUAUCGACUGAAAUUUCAUUUUAAUGUGUUUCGUCUGCAUUAUUUGGAUUCCCUACGAAUUGAUAACGAGUGUGACCACUCAAGAUCUGCGUGGAGAAAAUAUUGUGGGAAUGUUUCCCCUGGUGUAUUUGUUUCAAAAUGUAAAAGCACGUGUGUUCAACUGCGAUUAAUGUCCACAGUAAAAUGGCAUGACGGAGUAUCGUUUCAGGGAAUGAAUUUUACAGUUGAAUCGACAAGGGAGAGGAGAACUAAGAAAUUCGACGUUUUGCAUUACUACUGCAGUAGCGAUCUAGUGAUAAAAGGACGUUACAUUACGCACAAUCAUUUUCCAUUUCACAAUGUCGAAAUGUUUGCCAUCGAGAGUUUCAAACAACCUUAUGGCUUUAAUACCAGUUACGACAUCAUACUCAACGAUGAAGACAUUUACGGUUGCCUUCGAUAUUUCGAUUUUGCAAACGAUCACAUUUACUUCGCUUCUGCUUCCGUGGACAGUACAUUUACACUGAACGUUGCCGUGCCUGACGACGAUUCAAAGGAAUCAGCUUAUGUAAAGUCAUCUUUGGCUAAGUACAAGAAAAAGGAUUCCAUAUGCGUGCCACCGAUUCCACCUGCUCCAUAGGUGAUUUUGUACCCAUGCACAAACAGGUUGUAUAUAAAAAAACCUGAACUACAAGGAAAUCGUCGCUAAAGUCGAAAGUGCGUAAGAUCUGCAAGAACCUUUGAUGGAAAUAGGUAGUUAGACUUACAAAGGUCAAAGGCUCAUCUGGCAUUAAAAGUUUCGCCAAAUAACCAUUUUUAGAGUGAGAAUUGUGUUACCAAACAGCACCUUUGAAAUAGCUUGCGCACGAAAAUAGUGCAGCUAAAAAGCAAUUGGAUCACAUAGAGAUAAAAUAUGGCACAUGUUGUUCUCGCGAACAAAGUUUUUGGAAAUUUGGCAGUUGGGUACGCGAACGCUUAGCAUUCAAAUGGCGAAUUAUUUCGAACUUGUCGUGUUUAAAUGCCAUCUUUUUAUAAUCCUUAUCAAUUAUACAUAAAUUUGAGCUUAAAUUUAUUCAAGCAAAAACGGAAAAUAAUCCGCAAGUUGGAUCCCUAGCGUUCGUGUACGGUUUCGCCAAAUUUCCCGGAAGUUUGUAAGCUUCAACAACAUGUGCCAUAUUUUAACCCCAUGUGCUCCAAUUUCUUUUUAGCUUCGCCAUUUUCGUGCAAAAGUUAUUUCAAAAGUUCUUUCUCGGUAAUACAAUUCCCACUCUAAAAAUGGUAAAUAUUUACAAAAGUUUUACUGUCACAUGAUCCAUUGGAAGUCGAACAACCUAUUCCAUCAAAGGUUUUUGCAAAUCUUGUGCGCUGAUAACUUGAGCGACGUUUUCCUAUCUAUUCAGUUUUUUUAUACACCCAGUAUAAUAUAUUACUCAUAUAGGGGGACUACAACUGCAAGGAAUAAACUCCAACAAUAUAGUUUCGCUAUCUCUAAUAAAUGCAUUGACGUCAUUACAAUGUUUGGGUGGUUACACAGUGGCGUAAGAACGGGGGGGUAUAAGAGGCACGUGCCCCCUACUUUCAAAUUUAAUAUAAAAAAGUGCCCUUUUUUUACAAGAAAAAUUUCUUUUUCAGAUGAAAAAUUUCGCCCAAAAAUAUUGAGCCUCGCCAACUUUCAUUUGCUUCUUACACCACUGGGUUUUGGUGUUUCAUACGUUUUUUGUUCAAUGCCAGGACACACUUCACCAAUAACUAUUCCAGCUACGUCCAUGGCUCAAAAGGGCGAUAUAAUUUUAGCCGUCUCUGGGACAUCUUGAUGUUUCUCUUCGCUAUGUUAACUCGCUCAUAGUAGCUAUUUCGUAGAGCUCUUGGAUGUCCCUCGAACGAUAAAUAUACUGUUCCAUCUCAUUCAUACUGUCUAUGUUUGUCACCCAUAUGUCACCUAUUUGAUUGAUUUAUAUUUGGCAACUUUAAUGUGACAACAAUACUUGACCGUCACAUGACAAUUGUUUGUUCACAUUGUUUUUACAAAAGUGAGUCACAAGUAAUUGUGAACAGCAGCGUUCACAAAACGAAUUCACACAGAAGCACUUCAUUGUAUGAUCCGUGAAAGGAACUCUUGACUGGCUGAUUAACAUGCUAAUUUAACCGAAAUGAGGCAUGUUCCUUGACAGGGUAUCUGCACUUAAAAUCAUUUGAACGUAUAAGAGUAUUCAUUUAUCACAUAAAAGCCAGAAAAUAUAGCUAUUUGUCCCAUACUAAAAUUGAUAAAAAUUGCUCAUAAGCUGUCACAUUAAAAUUGCAACAUAAAAAUUAUUGUAAAAGGACCGUUAAAAUUUCAUGUAAUUCAUAGCAAUGUAAUAAAUUAAAUAAAUUCACGAUCUAGAGCUAUAGCCUAAA